AAAAAAAAAAAAACAACGAGGAUUCGUCGUCCACGGCAAAAGAGCCAGUACUCGUCUGGGAACAUGCGGCUACUUAGGCCGGAAAACUGAUAUUUCGGUAUGGUCAUCUCUUUGAGGACUUUCAUCAAACACUUUCCGAGCAACUGUCUACUGGUACGUAUUUCAACCCUUCACUCUCUCUCUUCACGCUCACAUACCAAAACUCAUUCAUCACAGAAUAUUGCAUCACAACCCCAACUACGACAAGAACAGCAGCAGCAAGACCCAUAUGCAUUAAUGCGAGAAGACCCAAUUCAAAUAUGCUCAGAAAUCUGGGUCAAAUCCUUUACAACUCCAAAAUCAAAGCCAUUUCCUAAUCUCACUGGUUUUUUAUCCAAAUUUGACAUCUGGGUUUUAGCUUAUCAGCGCUCUGUUGCUCAUUUCACCGGCUCUUUGCCGUGCCGCAACGGUAUUAGCUCUAACGCAUUGCAUGAUCUCCUCUCUCUCCGAAAUGCGGUUGUGAAAGGUCAAUUUCAUUGGAACAUGAAAACUGAGUUGUAUAUUUGUAGUCCAAAUGAAAAACCCAUUACUGAAUUUACGUCUAAGAGUAAGAUGAAUAAGCUGUUGAACUCGAAGAAGUCUCCCUUUCAGGAUCGUGUUGUUCAAGAGGUUCUGUUGUUGAUUCUUGAACCUGUUUUUGAGUCUAGGUUUUCUUCAAAAUCCCAUGGUUUUCGCCUAGGUCGAAAUGCCCAUACUGUUAUUAGGACUAUUAGGAGUAAUUUUGCAGGGUAUCUUUGGUACUUAAAAGGUGAUUUGAGUGAGAUGUUAGAUGUUGUUGAUAAGAGUUUGGUGAUGGGUUGCUAAAGAGUUGUGAAGGAUAAAAGAGUGUUGGGUUUAAUUAGUUCUGCAUUGAGGGAGUCGGAAAACCGUUGUUUGGAGUGUGAUGAUACUGGGAAGUUGAAGGAGGGGAAGGGGAAAAGGAAGAAGAAAAAGGGAGAUGAAAUAAAGAGGGAGAUUUUAAAUCCCAAUGAGCCGAAACCGGAUCCAUACUGGUUGCGAACAUUCUAUGAUUUUGCACCAGAGGAGGCAGCAAAGGUGCCGAAUUAUGGGUAUUGCGGAAUUCUUAGUCCUUUAAUUUUUAACGUUUGUUUAAAUGAAUUUGAUCAUAUGAUGGAAGAGAAGAUAGUUGAGUUUUUUAACCCAUCUAUGCUUGACUCGAUAUGGAAAUCUUCGGUUGCUGAUGGUUGUCAUAACCCUGCUUGGCCUGAGUUUGUUCCAUCGGGUGGGAAGGAGAAAACAAGAAAAAUGGAUUACAUACGAUAUGGUGGUCAUUUCUUGGUAGGGAUUCGAGUCCGGGAGGAUGCAAUGAAGAUUAAGGAGGAGUUGAUUGAAUUCUGCAGCAACAAAUUAGGGAUAAAAUUGAAGUACCCUAAGAUGGAGAUUGAGCAUGUAAGUAAGGGGAUUUCAUUUCUUGACCAUGUCAUUUGUCAUCGUGUAGUAUACCCGACAUUGCAUUACACUGGUACAUGUGGUAGAACUGUUAGUUAAAAGUGUGUAGGAACGUUGCUUUCAAUUACAGCCAGCGUACCUCAAUGCAUUCGCCGAUUCAGGCGCCUUGAAUUGCUGAAGGGUGAUAAGGAUCCAGAGCCGUUGCCCUGUACUCCAAUGCUUUAUUCCAGCCAAGCCCAUACUAAUUCUCAGAUGAAUAAAUUCCUUGAAACCAUGGCUGAUUGGUAUAGAUAUGCUGACAACCGUAAAAAAGUUGUCGGAUUUUGUGCUUACGUGAUUCGCAGCUCUUUGGCCAAGCUAUAUGCGGCCAGGUAUAAGCUCAAAUCUCGUGCAAAGGUAUACAAGAUAGCUUCACGUAGUCUCAGUAAUCCUUUGAGAGGCAAAGGAAACUUUGUGGCAUCUGAGUACUCAGAACUCCUGAAGCUGGGUCUUGUUGAUGCCAUUGAAGGUGUGCAGCUUUCUCACAUGUCUUUGAUCCCAAGUUGUGAUUAUACACCAUUCCCCUGUGUUUGGAUCCCUGAGCAUGAACAAAUAUUGCUUGAAUAUAUCAAAUUACAAGAUGCAAGAUUCUUUUCUGAACUACUUAAAUCGAUAAAAACACAAGGCCUAAGUGUACCACAAAAUGAAAUUUCCGAGAUUGUUUGGGACUUUAAGACUCUUGGUGCACGCUGGUUUGAUACUGAAUUAGUAAAGCAUUCUUAGCAGUAGAAAUGGUGAAGUGGCUCCUUGUAUUCAUAAAGCUGUAAGUUCAACUAUAGCAGUUGUGGGCUUAAAGUAUGCAUCUUAGUGUACUAAAUGGAGGGGAAGCUGCACUAUACAGAUGGAAGACAUUACCAAAAAUAGUAUCAGGUUGCUGAAUGAGUUGAAAUGAAAAUAAGGAUUGGAUUUUUCUCUUCCUUUCCGUCACUUAUAUCGAUGAUUAUGUGUCUGCUUCACGGAUUACCUAAUGGUUCAGGUCUUGUUGGUGGCGCUGCAGUGAAGUAAUUCAUUUGUCCUUGAUAACAUGGUGUCUAAUCUCAUUGAGUUGUAUUUACCAGCUAAAAACAUAUGACCUGGUGAUUAUCACAGAGAUGCUGAUUGUGAACUCAUUGAUACGAUAAACCUUUAUCAGAUUCUUUGAAGCAGCUCUUCUAUGGAAUAUAAGGUAAAAUUACUUGACUAUAGAGCACCUUUUGUCGACGUAUCAUAUCUUCUAAUAGCACCUGCAUUAUGUGGUCCGGUAUUGUUCUGUAGUGCUGGGCCAUUUUAUGUAUGAAAUCUUUAUGUUCAAUUUUAUUUAAUGCAUAGCUUCAAAAAUAUAUCCCAUCAGAAAAGUAGAAAAUUACAUCAGUGUGCUGAGCUCAUCCUAACGAAGUGGGGAUAUGACUUUUAAUUGUCCGUUUGAUUCUUAUUUCGUCUUAUCUGAAAUUAUCUUAUCUGAUUUUAUCUUAUCUUAUCUUAUUCUAAAAUGAGUGAACAUCUUAUCUGAUCUUAUCUUGUCUUAUAAAAUCUUAAAUAAUAAGUUAAACAGAACAUGACCUAAAUUAGGCAAUUAUCUAAUAUUAUAGCUUCCGUUGUUAUAAGUUUGAAUUACCAAAUAUUCCCAGUUCAUAGAUCUAUUUGAUUAAAGUGUGACAUUAAUGUAGUUUGUCUCUCUUCUAGUUCGCCAAGAAACACCUUUUACUAUUCUAUCGCAAACUUUCUUGCAAAAAGCUCACCCUGCUUUGGUUGGAUGGUGUUAAGUGUUAACAAGUAGUAAAUGAACUUUCAGAGUAUCUGUCUUACAGCUGAGGGCAGCUGGCCAUGAAACACAUGCUGUGCCUAAUAUAUCGAAAACUUGUGGACUUGUGGUGUGCUUCCUACAUCACUCUAGUUUACUCUACUUCUGAGAACUCUGGAAUUUCCCCCCUACAUAUUGUUCAUUCUUUUAGAUGAUUCUCCCCUUACCCUAUGCUAAUUGGGAUUAGAAUAGUUGUGUAAUCAUGAAAUUUCCCCCUUAUCCUUACUUUGGUUUCAUGAAAUUUCUGUAAUAUUUUUCGUAGUGAGUUUUCAUUACAAUAGAUAUUUUAUGGUGAGGUUGAAGGGCACAAGGAAUGAAAUGGUCGAAGUUGUUUAUAGAGAUUUUCGUUUCGGGUUGUUUUAAGAAGCAAAGUGGGCUCUGCCUACAUUCACAUUUAAGAUAAUGGCAGAAAAAACACAAACAUUGUUUGGAAACAUCAUGAAAUACUGAAUUUGAGUGCAAAUGAUACGUUAGAAUUAUCUUUUAAAAAAUAAAGUAAAUGGACACUGUUUGUUUCUCCUACCUGUACUCUGUCAUCUAAAAUUAACUACAAAGUUUCAUUAACACUUAUGUUUGGGCUCAAUUGAUUAUCAGCCCAAUCAGAGCUUAAAAAGCCUCCUAAGACUCUAGACAGGUGGUAACAGUGGAUCCCACCAUUAAGUUGACCUAAUCCAGAGUUGGGAGAUCCCCUAUAGAGCUGAAAUAGUCAAUUGCCUGAAAAGGCAAUAUAGCCAUUGACAACAGGAAGGCCCACUCAACCAAUAUUCCCAAUUUGGAAAUCCCCAACACUAAGCUUCAUCAAUCAACAUGUAUUGAAUUCUUACCUAACAAACUAGAGCAUUUUUCUCUAGAUUUUUUCUCUAUCUCGAUCAUCAACUGACUUGAGCGUCGGAGGGGCGAUCCCGGAACAACCCCAAGGUAGUCUUAACUUGUUUUGCAGAUUUCCGGUGUACAAACAAUUAGCUUAGGUCAAAGCUCUUGGGGCCCACUUCUACGCAACACAUAUUAGCAAUAGUUAAAUUCUAGAUAAAAACCGUCUGGCGCCGCGCGUUGGGAUAGUACAAGAAGUUAGUUCGCCACCACUCACCAAAAUUAACCCUGUUGCUACUCAGCAAAACUCACCUCAUUGUCACUCAACAAUGACCCCAACCAAGAGCACACAAUAAACAACCUUGAGCGCAGACCCAAAGAUCUGAGCGUGCACCCUCAUCUUCUUACCAUAGGAGAUCCAAACGGGCACCUUCACCUCCCCCCGUUGGUCUCCUACAGUCAAGACCAUGGUCCCCAGCCACGAACAAUCCAACGGUGAUUAUCCAUCCCUGUCAAUACAAACACAACAUGUCGACCCUCAACCCGUGUUCGUAACAGAUAUCGCCCUUAUAGUUGCUCAACUUAAACAAACUUUACAGCACAUCAUAAUGGACAUGUUGACCGCCAUUCAACAAGGAGACACUCAUCUAACCCCCGUGUCCCCUCCGAAGCUAGGGAUCGAGUCCUAGUACGGUCUCAGAGGGAAGAGCACAACACAAUCCUUGCUCGGUCCGCGGUCAACCUAGCCGGCAAGGAUCUGAGGCUCGAAAGCCCAGCCAGCAUGACAGGGAAAGAUCGUAAAGGAACAAAGAUGAGCGACAUCCACCUAAGGCGAGGUCGCUCGGCAUGGAGAAGAAACUCAUAUCUCCAAAUCCCCAAGAGGCGAUGUCAGACGCAAACUUGAGGACGCCCGACACUUUCUUAACCAAAAGCGUCUCAACCACGGGUAUGAUGUCCUGAAUAAGAAGGUCACUUAGCGAGAGGGGUAAGAUGACUCCGCUCACUCUAGACCCCUUCGGAUCAACAGUUGAGCACUAAGUUCAUGGUCCUAUUCAGCUAGAAUAUCUUGGAAGCACCUAUACCAUGAACCAUUUACGAGCCUAACCGACCCGGAUGAUCAUAUGGCCACCUACAAAGCUCAAAUGAGUGUUCAGAUUUGUCAGUACAUGAGGAUCUACUCAUCUAUCAGUUCGUGGUAGGGAAAAAGCAAAAAAAGACGAGCCUCCAUCUGAUGGGGACAGACAAGAGAAAAACGAAAUGUUGACCGACUAUAUCAAAAGGUUCAAUGAAGAAUCAUUAAAAGUUUCAGACUUACAAGACUCACAAGAUGUGGUUUGUGGGUGAGUGAAAUGACAAGAUAGGGAGGAAAGGUUUUGGGUUUCAUCAGCUAAAUUAAACCGACCGACCAGGGGUAUUCAGUGUCCUCCUUAGACCGACAAAACGAGUUUGAGGUCAUUGGGGGUUUCCAUCUUUGGAAAAAUAUCACUCAACUAAAUUGAAAUAAUUUAACCCAUUAUCAGUUCAAGCAUUACAACAUAAAUAAAUUACAAUAAAACAAAUUCAAAUUUCAUAACUUUAUUUAAAUUAAAAUAAACUUCAUAUUACUAAAGUAAAAGGUCAAACUCUAGCUGACUUCGCAACCCAUCCUUGUUGUGAAUCUGAAAACAUUGAUGAGAACAUCCUUUCAUGGGUAUUUUUUUUGAUAAAUCUAACACCAGAGAGACAGCAGUAGCUGGAAUAUAUAUUUUAUCUACUGAUGGGAUUCCAACCAAAUUAGCAGUAACUCUGAAGGGUCCAUGCACUAACAAUUGAGCAGAAUACGAAGCUUUAUUAAUUGGGUUGGAAUUGCUAUUAGAAUUAUUGUGGGCUAAAAAAGCCAAAGUAUAUGCAGAUUCUCAGCUGGUCAUUUAUCAAAUGACUGAGGAAUUUAAGUGUAUAUCGUCAGUAUCACAGGAAUUUAGCAAGAAAGCACAAGAAUUGUCUAAACAAUGUAAGAAGAUUACCUUCAUACACAUUCUUAAAGAAGAAAAUAGAAUAUCAUAUCAAUUAUCCCGAAUAGCUUCUGCUAGAGAAGAGAUAGCUUCACAAAAUGAAGAUAUUAUUCUUCAGAAAACGAUCCUAGAUCCUCUUAAUGAAACUGAUAAAGAAAUAUCAAAGAGCAUAUUAGAAGUCUAUAUAGUUUCAAUAUUAAGGGAGGAUGAGGACUGGAGAAAUGAAAUUAUUCACUAUCUCCAAAACCCAACUGGGACAAAAGUGUCAAAUAGAGUUAAAAUGGCUGCAACCAAAUUUUGCAUGCAAUUUGAUGAGCUACAUAGAAAGGAUCCAAAAUGAUUACUUUUGAUGUGUGUAGAUGCUGGAGAGGCUUUAACCCUAAUGGCAGAAAUUCAUCAAGGACUAUGUGGUGCCCAUCAAAACGGCUUAAAAAUGAGAUGACUGAUGCAUGAAUAUGGUUAAUAUUGACCUACUAUGAGAAAGGAUUGUAUAGAUUAUGCAAAAGCUUGUAAAAGAUGUCAAAAGUUUGGAACCAUUACUAGGGUGCCAGCCUCAGAACUAAAUUACAUCCUUAAACCUUGGCCUUUUAAAGGAUGGGUAGUAAAUACCAUAGGAGAAAUUAAUCCAUGCCUUGAUUAUGUUAAGGGAACUCUUAUUCUCCAACAAUGUAAUGCUGAAACAAGAGUUUAAUCUCUCCAAUUCUCAGCUCAAAAGUUUCAAGAAGAAGAAGCUUCUUUGGAAGCUCAAGUAAGGUCCUUGAAAAACAUCAGCGUACAGAUCCAAGAUUCUUUGAGUUCUUUUGAUCAGAAGCUGAAGUCUCUUUCUAAGGAAAGAUCCACUACUACAAAAAUGGCCAAAGAGACUUCCUAUAGGAGACCGGUUGAGGUUACUAACCCAUUUCUUAAAUCUAGGAAACCAUUUAUUAUCUAAAACCAGUCUCUGAAGUUUAACUAUUUGACUAAUAAAAAAAGUUGUUGUGAAAUAAGAGACUGCUUCCAAGUAAAACCGGUUUCCUUGAAAUAUUUUAUUUUUUUAAUUUAAGUUUUUUUUCAACAUAAUACACUAUUAUACGUAUAUAUUUUACUUGUGAAGAUAUAGGAAACCACUUCUAACUUGAACCGGUUUCCUAAAAAUAAUAAUUCUAAAAAUUAAUAUGUUUUCAAUUAAAAUUGAUGCAGUAUAAGUUUUAUAUAUAAAUUUAUUUACUUUUAAUUUUUUUUUCCUUUUUGAUGUAACAAAUACAAUAAAAAAAACUACCACUCCUAGUAUUAUUCUAUUUAUGCAUUGUGGUUAACGUAACAAAUCUAGAACAACCUCUCAAAAAAACAAAAAAAAAAAAUCUAGAACCGUCAUCCUCGAUUUCUCGCCAUAAUACUCUCGGGUGCCAUAGCUUGAAGCCCCACACCAUCGUCGAUAACCACCAUUGCCCCAUAAUCCAAAUUCUUCCAUCACAAUUCCAAAUUUCCCUCAAUUCUCAAUUGAAAAACAGGAAUUUGUGAUUCAACUUGAUCAAUUCUCGCUAUAAUCGAUCUUAGGCUCUCACAUUGUUCCUCGAUUUCAGGUUAGUUGACUGACAUUAGCUUUGCAUUUGUAAAAUUCAUAAAGUUUUGAGUAAUCAUUGAUUUGAUUUGUAUUGGUUUGUUUAAUUUUAGUAUUCAAUUUCCAAUUAUGCACAUCUUGAAUCCGAUGGUGUCCCCUGUGUCCUCGUUCGAGUUCCAUCAUGUGGCCCAUUGGUUAUUGUGGCAGAGAAAAUAGCUAGGCUGCUAUAUUGAUUGACAGUCUAAGAGGGAUUCCUAGCACUUAUUCUCAAGGGAUGAUUGACGAGCUAAGAGACAUGUGGGUGAAUUAUUUAAACAAAUAAACACAAGACAAUGGAGAUUGAAGACGACAGUCAAGUUUGAAUUGUACAUAUUAUUUGAUUAUUUUAGAAUUUUAGUUUUAGUAGUCAGCAUUAGAUUAUAGAAACUUCAUUUUAAGACAUUAUUAGAAGAAAUUGAUGCUUUGAAUAAAAUUGGUUUUGUAUAUAAAUUAAAUUGUAGCAAUUAUUUUUUUGACAUUAUGAAUAAAGCAAGCAAGAAUUUAUAUUUAAUAAUAUUAUUGUGGCUAUUUAUAAA